AUGCCGUCACUCCGUCCACUGCUUCGUCACUUCUGUGCUGUCCCCGCAACCUUCCGUACUUUACAGCUACCUGUGGGUAUCAAUGGUUCCUCUCUCUCUGCAGUAGCACCUUCAUCAGUUGUUUUAACGCAACAAAAAUUACUGUGUCUACCGUCCACGUUUGGCUCUGUGGCUCGAGACUUCCGUCUCCAAUUCACCAGUGAGCAGCUCACGCGCAGUUUUGCGCUUUACGGCGUAGAACCACGUCUACCAGAAACAGAAUUUGGGAGUCGACGUAUUGAACGUGAUGUCGAUGAAGUUUUGCGUGCUGCUGACGCGCUGAAGCUUGAGAAAUUCUCGCUGCUGGGCUGUAGCCACGGUGCCAAUGUGGGUGCUGUGCUGGCGGCUAAACACUCCGAGAGAGUGACGCGACUUGUGCUGGUCAAUGGCAAUGCGUUCGUUAGUGAUGAGGAUUUGGAGGAUAUGGAGGAGUAUAAGGAUGUAGACUCGUGGCCAAAAGAGAUGCGCGAGACUGCUGAAGCCAAGUGUGGUGUUGAUAGUCUGCAGGACAAGUGGACCGAAAUGGUGGAGGCAUUACGUCAAGUUGAGCGUGAAGAUGGUGGUGACUUGUACUGCGGCCAUCUGCCCCAUAUCAAGUGCAAGACACUUGUGGUUUCCGGCGAAAAGGACAAGUUUGUGCCAUUAUUCCACGGCGAGUACUUGAGCGAGCGCAUCAUGCAUUCUCGACUGAGCGUGGUACCUGAAGGUGGGAAUGACCUUGUGCUGUCCGAAGCCGAGCGGUUUAACACAUUGCUUGAGACCUUCUUGCAGGAGCCCGAUGACAAACUCACACAGAGCCGGGAAUUUGUGGCUGUACCGUCGAAGGUGUAA